AUGCCCCCCAAGCCCGGCAGCAACAAACGCAAAGCAAAGGAGUCUCUCGCGAGUGCUCGAAGGUCUCCUCGGAAGAAGAAGACUGCAACCCCUUCUGCUGCUUCCAUCGCCAUGGAAAAGAUGAUCAAAAAGCAAUCGACCAGGCUAAACAAGGCCUACGCGCUCAGAGGACAACUCAAAGAGACGGACCCUCGCUAUGGCCUCACCGUCGAGAAAAAUGGACGGAAAAGAUGGAAGGUUGAUCCGCCCAUCACGGAAUGGAAAGAUGUUCCUCUUACCUGGUCGGACAAGGACCCAGACGUUGAUCGAAAUGAUCCCGAUGCCAACAUCGCGAGACUCGAGGAGAGGAUUUCAGAAGGCAUCAUGCCGGAUAUUUUCAAAGACAAGCUGAGAGGUCACAAGAAAGAGAAGGAAAGGCGCGAGAGGAUCAUGGCUUCCGAGCCUGAGGGACUCCCGUGGAAGGUUUGUGAUCGCCUCGACAGGCUGAAAGGUCUCGUGGAGCACAUGAUGAACCAGGAAUUUGACAACCCUCGACUUCCCAAUGUGCUCGCUAUCAUGGCAGCGUACCGCUCACGCGAGCUGGAUUAUGAAGAGGGCAUGGCGACUUAUUGGUAUGAAGGACGCAAAGUGGCUGGUCCCGUGCCUUGGGAUAUCUACGAGUGCAUGGCGAUUUCAGACCAGUAUGCCGCCAAAAACAGAUUGGCUUUUACCGUCGAAGGCAUGACACCCGCAAACCCCAUCAUGAUGCCGUCUAUGGCUAUUCCGGGGAACGGUGCUGACCGCUAUCACAACCUAAUAAACGUUACACUCGCUCCGCCUAAUGGAACCGGACACACGGAAUUCGAAGUUAUGGAUGACACAGGUGCCACCUGCAUGCGCCUCUUUGAACAAGAUGUGUGGAAACUUGAACAGCAUGGCGGCGACUGGUACCCUGUCGGCGAAGGCGACUUAAUCACCGCGAAUGGGCAGAUCUGGGUCCUGUUCGGCGUGGCUCUGGUCAACAUCUUCUCCGCUCCCGGUGGACCGACAAUGGUUCAGGAAUGGUUUCCAAUCCAAUACUCUAUAUCACCAGGGGCUGUUGAGGAUAUUCCGGGAGACAGAAGGCUCGGCGGGGCCUGGCUCCGCCGUCUGAUAUACUCGGCAACGGCGCCGGAUGACUCAGGGAUGCUCUAUCUCGAUUCCCACAAGACCCCGAUGAUGAAUAGUUUACCGGUUUUGGAUCCUCACAUGCGGACCCAGCCGCCUAUGAGACAUUUAGAACCUCUGAAUACUUAUACAAUGGGUGUCAUGUCCCCACGGAGGCCCUAA